ACCCUCCAUAAUGUAUAGUGAUCACAUACCAGUGGUCAAUGAUCUUUGCCUGUAAUGUAGGUGACAAAUAAAAAAAAUCAAUUGAUAAACAUUGAAAAACCAAGAUUUUGCGUGUAAGCAAAAAAAUAAUUAAUAUCGUGUAUCGCACCAUAAGGCAAUGUGUGGCGCGUGGUGUUUUACGUAAUAGCGAGAGAUCGUCGGAUUAACUUUAUUCAGAUUUUGUUCACUGAUUAACAUUCGUUUAAAUUUUAAAUUUUUUAAUAUUACUACUGAACAGGUAUUUUCUAUGCAAAGUGCAAUGUCUACAAGACAAGAAGAGUUGUCUGAAUUACGGAGUUAUAUAAAAGAUGUUGACAUAGAAGUAACAAUGAUAUUACAAAGUCUGCAAUGGGAUAGAAAGAUUUUAUUGCAGGUUUGUUUACUUAGCGCAUUUCCUUUAACAACUGACGAAUGUUAUUCGGUGUUGAUGUCAACGCAGCAUCAGCAAGCGUUAAGUCCCAAUGGUUAUCGUCUUCUAGCAAUUGCAGUUCACGACAUGCAUCCUGCAUCACAAAACAUUGUGGACAUCUUCAACUAUGCUUCCAAGACUGAUCCAGCUUUUGAAAGAGGUGAUGACGCGGUGACGUUGCAUCCGCUGACCCUGGGGCGCCUGCAGGCAGCGUACUCCGCGGACGAGCGGCGCGCCAUCUACGACGCCGUCAUCGCCUCCCGCCCGGCGUGCGACGAGCUCGCCGACUUGGCGCUAGGGGAUGCGGGCGCGGCGCCGGAACAGAGCAAGCGCAAGUCGAAGCUGGAGCAACUGGCAGAGCUGCGAGACUUGCGCCGCCGACGCGUUAAGUACAGGGUGGCGGUGCACUCGCGCAACUACUCGCACACGCUGCGCGCCCUUAUCGACACACAGAUGGAGAUGUACGUCGAAGCACAAGGUCACGUAACCAAGCCACAUGAUGCAUCCGAUUAUAAAUAUCCUAAAACUGAAAAACAGCCAGCACAUUCCUCAGACGAGAACGAUAAUGAACACAGAGGAUCUACGAAAAAACACAGAUAUGAUAGCGAUAGAAAAAAUGAUCAUAGCGAACACAGAAGAAAACGUGUUUCUUAUGAUGAUAACCAUUCUCGAAAGUACGAGAUAGAUAGACGUCAAACUUCAGCUGAAGAAAGAAUAACGCAUGAUCGUGAUAGAAGAAGAAAGCAAGACGGAACCAAGGAUGGUUACAAAGAAGAAAGAGAUGUUGAGAAAAGAAAACGUGCUUAUGAGGACCAUACAAACGCACAAGCGUUUGAGAAAGGGAGAUACAAAACGUCUAGAGUAGAAAGAGAAAAGUCUGAAGACAAUGAUGAAAGCAGAAGACAAGACAGUUACAGGGAUUAUUGUAGAAAAGAAAAAGAUGUUAAACAUAACAGAGAAAAAAAUUUAGAAAGGACCAGCCAUACUAAAGAAGAAAAAGAUAUAUAUCGUUCAAGUUCAAUCGACAGCCAUAGAGGUCGUGAGAGCGAAAAAGAGGGCCCAUAUUACAAAGAUAAAGAUAAGAAUGGUAUUAAGAAAGAUACAGUAAGAAGUAAAAGAGAUAGAUACAGUUCCAGUACAAGGGAUAUUCAGAAAUAUCGCGGAAGCGAAUGGGAGGUACGAUAUGACAAAGAUAAAGCUAGGAAUGAUGUUAAACAAGAACGCGAUAGAUAUAGUUCAAAAGACAGAUACAGACACCGCGAGAGCGAAAGAGAGGAACAAUAUAACAAAGAUAGAGAUAGAUAUGGUCAUGGAACUGAUACAAGAUAAUAUAAUCAUGAGCUGUAUAAGAAGUAAAGAAAGCUAUACAGAGAAAAGAAAGAAUUAAAAACUACAUGUAUGCAGACUACCUACGUUUCUUUGUAGAAAUAUUAAAUACUAUGAUGACAAUGUUAAAA